AUGAUCCGCCUCACCGUCCGCUCGUCCAUCUUUGCCCGCGGUUUCGCGACGAGCGCCAUCGCCCGCUCGUCCAAGGUCUACCCGUCUGCCGCUGCCGCCGUCGAGGGCGUCAAGACUGGCGACACGGUUCUUGCCGGCGGUUUCGGGCUGUGUGGCGUGCCCAACACCCUCAUUAAUGCUUUGGCCAAGCGCACCGAAGUCAACAACCUCACUGGCGUCUCCAACAAUGCCGGUGCGCUUGUGGACGGCGAGACUCGUGGCCUUGGCAAGUUGCUCGAGACCAAGCAGCUCAGUCGCCUAAUCUGCUCUUACAUCGGCACCAACAAGCUCCUCGAGGGCAUGUACCUCACUGGCGAGAUCGAGCUCGAGCUCACGCCCCAGGGCACUCUGGCUGAGAAGAUGCGCGCCGCGGGCGCAGGUAUCCCGGCAUUCUACACCCCCACCGGCUACAACACACCUGUGCAGCUUGCUAGCGUGCCCAAGACAUACACCAAGGACGGCAAGCCAGACAAGUACCCCAACCCCCGUGAGGUGCGCGAGUUCGGCGGUCGCGAGUUCGUUCUUGAGGAGAGCAUCAAGGGCGACGUUGCCCUGAUCCGCGCCUGGAAGGUCGACGAGGCGGGUAACACUGUCUUCCGGUACACGGCCAACAACUUUUCCAGCGCAAUGGCCAAGAGCGCCGUCAUGACCAUUGUGGAGGCCGAGGAGAUUGUGCCUGUUGGCAGCAUCGACCCCAUGCAGGUGCACGUGCCGGGCGUGUACGUCAACCGCAUUGUCAAGGCGACGACGCCACGCGAGAUCGAGUACAUGACCACCAAGCCCGAGCCUGGAGCCGACACCGGCGCGUCGCUCGGCAAGGGUGAGGCUCGCGCCCGCCGUGAAAACAUUGUCAAGCGUGCGGCGCAGGAGCUCAAGGACGGAUACUACGCCAACCUGGGCAUUGGAAUGCCGACCCUCAUCCCCGACUUUGUGCCCAAGGACCGCCAGAUCUGGCUCCAGUCCGAGAACGGUCUGCUUGGCAUGGGCCCUCUUCCCGCCAGCUACGCCGUCGACGCCGACGUCAUCAACGCCGGUAAGGAGACGGUGACCAUGGUUCCGGGCGCAUCCGUGUUUGGAUCUGACGAGUCGUUCGCCAUGAUCCGCGGAGGACACGUCAACGUCUCGGUCCUCGGUGCGAUGGAGGUCUCGGCGGCAGGUGACCUCGCCAACUGGAUCAUUCCUGGCAAGCUCGUCAAGGGUAUGGGUGGUGCUAUGGACCUCGUUUCGUCGCCAGACCAGACCAAGAUUAUCGUCUGCACAGACCACACGGACAAGCACGGCAAGCCCAAGAUUGUGCAGGAGUGCUCGCUGCCGCUUACGGGCGCGCGUUGCGUGAGCAUGAUCAUCACCGAUCUCUGCGUGUUCGAGGUCGACCGCAAGGCUGGCAAGCUCACUCUCACCGAGCUCAUGCCCGGCGCCACCGUCGACGAGGUCAAGGCCAAGACGGGCGCGACGUUUGACGUCGUCCCAAACAUCAAGGAGGUGUCGAUCUAG